UAGCGGAGGAGAGAAAUCAAAUAACAAAGAUAUCUGUUUUUUAUUUUUCCCUUUUCCAAACACACACACACACUCAAAAAGGGCAGGCAUUGGUUGGGAUGUAUGAGCCAUGAAGCAAUGAAAGCACCUCGGAGGGAGGGGAGUUCUUCUCUCUUCGCUUCUCUCCUGGGUUUUCACCUUGAACAUGUCUAGCUUUUACUUCGAGAUUUUUCGUUUCAUAAAAAUCCGAACUGUCUGGAAUCUUGUGAAAGGGAUGACAUGCAAAAUUGUUCUAAUACCAUUUAAAAGACUGUUAAAAAGUUACACCCUAUCACCGGAGGAGAGACCUGGUAGACAUACCUUACUAUUUACUAUACUAUCUUUGGUAACUCCGAUGGGGAAUUUGAUGAUGGUAUACCGUAGAAGGAUCUAUCGAUUCGUAGUAACAUCUCAAUAUUCUUGCGGGGUCAUAAUCAUGUCGCUGUUCUGGAUUCGAUCCAUCGGUCGAUGGAAUGCUCCAUCCUAUCUACCUUAUCCCCAGAUUCAACCUCCAUUUGAGGCUCUUCUCGGGUCCAGCCCUGAGAUUGAUCUACAUGGCUAAGAUCUCGUACCUUGCAUGACACCAGGCUAUGGCAUUGAUUCUGUCAGUGCUAUGUAGCUAUAUCUCAAUAAAUGAUAUGUUGUCCGCAUUCACACGAUUAUGGUUAUUUGCUACUACUCACUUCAUAUACGUCCUUUGCAAUAGUAAACUAAG